AGAUCAGUCGUAUUUUCGAGCUCGUCGUGGUAACACCAGAGAGGAGGCUAGAGUCUCAACCAGGGAGUGUCGUUCAAUUCCAGUCGAUGGUCAAUCAUAUUCAGUCGGACUAGGCGAAGCCCCAGAUGAAGACAACAUGAAAAUCCUUUUGAAAUUCACCGGACUAAUCACCCCGCUUCUGCUGCUGCUGUUGCUGACGUUCGGUGGUCCAUCAUAUGUCAAUGCCCUCAUCAUUCCUGAAGAGCUGCCAUCCAUCCUCUCUCUAGUCUAUUCUAAUAUCCCACCGAUCAAGAAAGGAACGGACUCGCGACUUGGUUUUGGCUUCCGACUAGGCGAACAUGCCGACUUCCAGGUGCAAUUCGAAAUCGGCCCGCAGCAAAGAACUAGACCAAUAGGUUCAUCAUCCAGUAGCAGUAAACGUAACGCAGAUUCGGACGACUAUCAACAACUCGUCAGGAAGAAGCAGUUCCCACUGAACCCCGCUGGUAAGUCAUGGCUGGAGGUAUGGUCCAAGGAAACCCGCAAGAAGCAAAACUUCAACAAGGAUAAGCACCGGGAUGCGGUCGGAGCGGCAACCGGUAUGCCGGCUUCGCCAACGAUGUCCGAAACGGCCUACAACCAACUGCAGCAAUUGUACGAUAUGAACAAACCGACCAAGGAGGAGACGAUCGGAACCAUUCCGGCAGCGGAGUUGGAGUCCAGAUUGAAGCAACUGCAAACGCUUCGGCCGGAUGAUGUGCAGCCGUUCAAACCGCUGCCCACCGGAGCCGCGGAUAGUAAUGUCAACGAAGUUGAUUCGAAGAAACCGCUAGCCGAAGUUCCCUUCAAACCAAUGCCCGAGGCAACGUUGGCCGGAACGGUGAAAGCGGUUGAAAAUGGCCCCGAACCGAGGAAGAACCUGCGACGGCGGAAGAACCCCAGCGGGAACGGGCCUCGAGAGAAGGAUAAGAUUUCGGCUGAUUUGGCGGAUGUCUCGAUGGAUUGAGAGAGUGGGAGGGGUUUCGAAUUUGAUAGGACGGAACGUACUAUUGUUUUAACUUGUAUGAACGGAUGCUGAGAGAGAGAAGGUGUGCGCGAGUUCAAGGGUGAAUGGGUUCUUCUAAGUUUUUACCUCGGGGUAAGCGUGGCACAGCCGUCAAAGGGUAACUGUAGAUGAAACUACUUCUGUAAAUAAUACCUGGUGUUUAGGAUGUGAUAUCGAACUAUUUAUGACGUAAUCGAAAACACGCGAAUGGUAGUUAACUAUUUAUUUGAAGUAAGGAGAAACAAAUUGAUAACGAUUAAGGUGCAAUUGGAUACCAAAACGGAAACAAAUAUACGAUGUGCUAGUGGGAUCACUGAAAUAAAAA